GGAAGAGUGCGCGCUGCACGAGGUCGAAUACCACAGUUUGGCUACCGUAUGCAUCGCGAAACUGAUUUCGAAUGCUGAGAUCUGGUUCUUCUACAGAGAUUUGGUCUAUCACGUCUUGAACACUUUCGUGGAGAAUCCGAGGCGCAGAAGGUUCCCCCUCAUGCUCUCGCGUAUCGCUCGAAACCUGUUGGACUUUCUUGCGGAGUUCACGCCUUCAGGAGCAAGUGAUGCGGCUCAACAAGACUCGGAAGAAAAGCCCUCAGGUGGAACAUCAGCAGCGGAAGCGAAAAAAAGGCAAUCCGAAAAUGCUAGCAUGAAGGCAUCUGGAACUGCUUCUGCAGAAAAAAAAGCAGAAGACGACGUCAAAGUAGCUGUUCAAGUGGAUGAAGAAGCUGUAGCUGAAGCGCCUUCUUCCGAUAUAGAAGAAAAGAAGUUGCAGUUGCAAGACGACUCUAUGACUUCGACAAAAAGGCUAAGGGAGAAGCCUGGCACAGCGCCACCGCUUGAGAGUAGGUUUGCUGAGGCAGUGGCUAAAGGAUCAUCGUCGAAGACUAUGAUGGGAUCGAUGUCCACUUCGGCCGCGUCACUCUCGGAAGACGACGUCGUGAGUACUGCUUCGUUUACUACAACUGCGUCUCUAUUUUCCUCAGCGACAACCGCAGCAGCUGCGCAACAGGUGUCUAGUAAGCAUUUACUCGCUGCUCCACCUGGAUUUCGUGCUGGAGGAGGACCGCCGCAACCAUACGCGGCUGGCGAGGGAAGCGACGCCUCUUCCAGUACCAAGGAAGGCAACACUAACACUAUUUUGAGAGGAACUACCUCUGGACCAGGCGGCGAUCCCUCUGGUGCGUCGGCCUUAUCUGAGAUUGUCGGAGAAAACCCCGCGGUGACGCCAAAGGUUCUGACCACCGCAGUUGUGCCCGACCAAGUGAUCUCGAAUGAGGACGAUUUACAAGCGCUGUCUGACAGGGAACGCAUUUGCCUCGAAUUAAAGGUAGACUUUUUUGUAAUUAUGUCCUGGCUUAUCCGCCACGUGGACAAAAAUCCUGAGGCGGGUGCAAUCGGUGGACUCGGCGACAUCGCGGAUUACCUACGUAAAGUUCCGAAAGCCGUCCGGGAUGCUGUCUUGCAUUGCGGAUUCCGCAUUGAGAAGGACGUCAUCGGUGUCCUGGCUCGGGAGGACGCGCAGUUUCUGGCAGGAAACAGCAGCAUCGACCCUAUCCGACAGCAUUACAAAUCCAAUGUUGUGCGCACAUGUUUGAUCAAAGCCGGUCAUUCCGUCGCACGAUCCGAACAAAAGCCUUUGCACGGCGCUGGUGUGGCUGCUGGUACUAUCCUAAGUUCGCUCGUCUUUGCUAGGUAAUUUGAAGCAUUGCAAAGUGUCUGCACCGCGAUCACGAUUUCCUCUGAAAUGAUUUAUGUCGUAAACAAAAUGUACAUGUACUGGAGCUGCGAUCAUUUUUCAAAUUUUGCUUUGGUAAUAAAUACUUCUGAAAGUGAAAUCCAACUACAUGUACUUCCACCAAGGUGUGGACGUAAAGCCGCUGGCCCCUCAAUUGAAUAA